AUGCCGAAAUCCAACACUGCAUCGAAAAAGAACACGCCUGUCAAAAAGGCACCCGCCACGACCAAGUCAAAGGCAACAACGAAGACUCCACAAAAAAAGACGCCCACCCCACCACAACGACAAGCACCUGUUGCCACCACCACUACCAGUAAAAAGCCAGCUUCCAAAAAACGUACAGUCGAGCAAAUCGAAAGUGACGACGAGGAUCUUGGUGAUAUCGCCAUUGACAUGCGCUCUUCGGACGAGGAAGACGAGGAAUCGGACGACGACGACGGCGAUCAAUCGGUUGACAAUAGCGAUGUUGAAGCUUUUCCUGAAGUCAGCAUAAGCAGUGACGAGGAAGAAGAUGAAUCCGACGACGAAGCUAUCAUUGAUGAGGAGGACGAUGAAGAAGAGGAAGAAGAAGAGGAUGAGGAUGAUUACAUGGCAGGCGAUAGUUUGGAUGAAGCUGAUCUUGAAGAGGAGGAUGAAGAAUUGGCAAGAAAUGCUGGUCAACAACAACGUGAAAAGUUGCCCGAGAUUGAAGCCAACUAUGAUAGUGAUUCUUCCACAGAAGAGACUGAGAAUACCAUUGGCAAUGUACCUCUCGAAUGGUACAAAGACUUACCCCAUAUUGGUUACGACAUUGAUGGCAAACGCGUGCUUAAGCCUGCUACUGGUGAUGAGCUUGAAAAGUUCUUGUCGACGAUGGAUGAUCCCGAUUCUUGGAAGACUGUGCGCAGUGAUCGUGAAGGCAAGGAUGUUGUAUUGAACGAUGAGGAACUUGAUAUCAUUCGACGUUUGCAAGAGGGCGAGAUUCCAGAUGCUGGUUACAACCCAUACGAGCCUACUGUGGAAUUCUUCACUAGCAAGACCGAAGUGAUGCCCCUAUCAGCAGCACCUGAGCCUAAGCGUCGUUUCGUACCAUCCAAAUGGGAACAUAAAAAGAUUAUGAAAAUUGUACGUGCCAUUCGACAAGGACGUAUUGUGCCAAGGAAGCCCAAGGAUGAGAAGCCACAAUUCUACAACUUAUGGGGUGAUGAUGAUACACCACACAAGGAUCACAUUAUGCACAUUGCAGCACCCAAGAUGAAGUUGCCUGAACACGAUGAGAGUUACAAUCCACCAGCUGAAUAUCUCCCUGAUGAGGAUGAGAUCAAGGAAUGGAAUGAGAUGGAUGAAGAGGAUCGACCAAAGAAUUAUCUCCCCAAAAAAUACAAGAGUUUGCGUCACGUGCCAGCAUACGAUCGAUUCAUCAAGGAACGUUUCCAGCGUUGUUUGGAUCUUUAUUUGGCACCUCGUGUGCGGAAAAACAGACUCAAUGUCGAUCCCGAUUCGCUUCUUCCCAAACUCCCAAGUCCCAAAGAUCUUCAACCUUUCCCUACUCGUCAAGCACUUUCAUACGAAGGCCACACUGCUCGUAUUCGUUGUUUGUCAAUUCAUCCAUCAGGCCUUUAUGCUCUCUCUGGUUCAGAUGACAAGACUGUGCGUCUAUGGGAAGUACUUACAGGCCGAUGCUUGUUCACAUGGCACUUUGAAGAGGUCAUCCAUACACUUGCAUGGAACCCCAACUCGGACGUGUGGCUCUUUGCCAUCUCUGUUGGUCACGGUCAAGUCCUAUUGAUUUCACCUCCUACUCUAUGUGCGCCUGAAGUUGCCAUGACGACCGAUCAAUUUGUCAAGGGUGGUUACACACGACCUGCUGGUGAUGCUGCCAUUAUCAUCUCGUGGGAGAAGCCAACAGAAAGCGAAGAGGAGAAAUUGGGUUACAAGGUGCGAUUGCAACACAAGCAAGCUGUCAAGCAAAUCACAUGGCAUCGCAAGGGUGAUUAUUUCGCAACCGUAUCACCUGACGCUCGCGCACUUUACAUGCAUCAAACCACUAAACAUCUUACUCAAAUGCCCUUCAAACGACUCAAGGGUAUUGUUCAAAAGGUGGCUUUCCAUCCCAUCAAGCCUAUUUUCUUUGUUGCAACACAAAUGUAUGUACGCGUAUAUGACUUGAUGCGACAAGAACUUGUCAAGACUUUGCAACCAAGCAUGAAAUGGAUUUCAAGUAUCGAUGUCCACCCAGGUGGUGACAACGUCAUUAUCGGCAGUUACGACAAGCGUGUAUGCUGGUUUGAUAUGGAUUUGAGCUCUCGACCUUAUAGAUCGCUUCGUUAUCACGAAAAGGCCGUACGUCAAGUCGUGUAUCACAAACGUUACCCAUUGUUUGCAUCCUCAUCCGAUGAUGGCACUAUUCAAGUCUUCCACGGCAUGGUAUACAAUGAUCUUUUGCAAAACCCCUUAAUUGUACCCGUCAAAAUCUUGCGAGGACACGAGACUAAAGAUGCUCUUGGUGUUCUGGAUAUCGAAUUCCAUCCUACACAACCCUGGAUUUUCUCCUCGGGCGCAGAUGGCACCCUGCGUCUCUGGACCUAG